UCACCCAAACUCCAUUUCAAUUGAUUGUGAAUUUGUUUCUUUGCUUCUGUUAUUAUUUGUAACUCAAUUUCAAUCAGCAAUUUAUGGCUGAGAUUUGUUGUGGUGUUGUUGGAGCUGGAGAAACUCCUACUACAAAUAUUGAACCAAACUCCCGAACUUCCCGUCGCCGGAGUUUGGAUUUUCUUCCGUUGAAAUACAUAGCUAACGUGGCAAUUCCACCGGAGAAUAUUUCCCGGAAACGUCAGAAGCUAGAUCUACUUGUUUCUCUCCCUCCACCGCGGGAGUUUGAGAACACGAUUGAUAGAUGUGAGGAAUCAAAUGAAAACGAAGUUGUUGCUGUUCCGAAUUGUGUGAAUGUUUCUGAUUUAGAAAACGAGGUUACCGUUGCUGAAGAGUGUCCUAAGUAUGGAAUAACAUCGGUUUGUGGAAGGAGACGAGACAUGGAAGAUGCUGUUUCGGUGCAUCCUUCUUUUUGUAAAGAAAAGAAUGAACAAAAUCAGAAACCGUUUCAUUUCUUUGGUGUCUACGACGGUCACGGUUGCUCACAUGUUGCAACUAUGUGUAAACAAAGGUUACAUGAAAUCAUUGAUGAUGAGGUAAACAAAGAGAAAGAGAAAGUUGACUGGAAGUCAACGAUGGAGAAGAGUUUCAUUCGGAUGGACGAAGAGGUUUUGAAAUCUAGCAAAACUACUCAAAGCUUUACAUGCAAGUGUGAGCUUCAAACUCCUCACUGCGACGCCGUUGGCUCCACCGCGGUCGUCGCGGUUGUCACGCCGGAGAAAAUCAUUGUCUCUAACUGUGGAGAUUCACGCGCCGUUCUUUGCCGUAACGGCGUCGCCAUUCCUCUUUCCUCCGAUCACAAGCCGGAUCGACCCGAUGAGUUGGAUCGGAUCAACUCAGCUGGAGGACGUGUGAUCUAUUGGGAUGGUGCAAGAGUGCUUGGAGUGUUGGCCAUGUCAAGAGCCAUUGGGGACAAUUAUUUGAAGCCAUAUGUUAUUUCGGAACCUGAGAUAACUGUAACAGAGAGGAGUGACGAGGAUGAAUGUUUGAUUCUGGCUAGUGAUGGGUUAUGGGACGUGGUGCAAAACGAGACGGCGUGUAGGGUAGUGCAGAUGUGUCUCAAGGCGGAGAAGACGGUGUCGCCGCCGGGGUCUCCGGGGAGUGAUGUGGUGGGAGAUGGAUCAGAUAAGGCUUGUUCCGAUGCUUCAAUUUUGUUGACGAAAUUGGCGUUGGCGAGGCAUAGUUCGGACAAUGUAAGCGUGGUGGUUGUUGAUUUGAGGAGACAUCAACGUCAACGAUAACAAUUAAUAAUAAUAGGGUUUAAUUAAUGGAUUUGGAAGAAAAAAAAUAUUAUUUAUAACCGACCAAAACAAAACUUAUGAUGUGUACUAUGUAUGGACAUGUAUGUGGGAUGGGAUUUUUUUAUUGAUAAAGAUGGGAGGAAAAUGGUGGGGCCUUAAGAUUUUUCCUAAUGAUUCUAUGAGAUUUUAGUAGUUUAGUGUUUGAUUAAAUGAAAGGUUAAAAUUGUAUCUUAUUAGAAUUGAUAAAAUAAGAAAUUUGAAUA